AUGGAUAGUGAAAUCAAAUCAAUCGACAAAUCCCUUGAUAAAGGGAAAGACCUUCAAGCCCAAAACAACGUGAAAAGAAUCCUUCCGAUAAUAGACACUAUUAUUUUGUGUGGAAGGCAAAAUAUUGCUCUUAGGGGCCAUAGAGAUUAUGGCGAGUUUGAUAUAAAUCGUAGACCUGCCGAGAAUGAGGGUAACUUUAGAGCACUGCUUAGAGCCAGAAUUGAAGCGGGGGAUCAAGAUUUAAAAAAACACUUUGAAUCAUGUGGAAAAAAUGCUACGUACAUAAGUUGGAACUUCCAAAACCAAAUAAUUGAUGCUUGUAACCAGAUCAUAACUGAAAAAAUAGCAACUAAAGUUAAAGAGGCUAAGUUUUUUAGUAUUCUCGCAGAUGAAACGUCCGAUGUUUCAACAAUUGAACAGUUUUCGUUGUGUCUACGAUACGUAGAUUCUGAUGCAUCAAAUAAUUACCAAAUAUGUGAGCAAUUUCUCAAGUUCAUGCCACUAACCUCCACAACCGGUAGGGAGUUGGCAAAAACUGUAAUAAAAGGACUUGAAGAUAGUAACAUUGACGUCAAUAACCUACGUGGCCAGGGGUACGAUGGAGCGGCUGCCAUGAGUGGGAAGUUUAAUGGGACCCAAGCCUGUAUCCAAGAAGCUCACCCCACAGCAAUAUUUGUGCAUUGCGCUUCUCAUAGCCUUAAUCUGGCAUUAUCAAACGCUUCUGAAGUUGCACCUAUCAGAAACUGUUUCGGAAUAGUAGAGAGGGUGUAUAAUUUUUUCAACACUCCUAAAAGACAAGCCGUUUUACAACAGUGUAUUGCAUCGGAGAUAAAUGUUGAAACCAACAGGAAAAAACUGCUACAACUUUGUCCAACAAGAUGGGUGCAAAGGCAUGAUGCCGUCUUUGUCAUGAAGGAGCUUCUUCAACCAGUUGAAGUAGCGUUGGAGGAAAUAAAAAACUGGAGUGAUAGAGACUCUUCUUCUGGAACUCUUAUUUUACUCAGCUCUUUACGUCAAGGCGAAUUCAUCAUUUCUCUCUUGGCAUCAGACAAGCUCCUUGGUUACACUGUAAACCUAAGCAAAAAGCUGCAAGGAAGUGAUUUGGAACUAUCUUCUGCAAUCACACAUGCUGAAACUGUACUUGAAAGCCUAAAAUCCAUAAGAACAAAUGCGGAUGAAGAGUUUCACUCCUUGUUUGAAGAGGCUACCCAUAUGGCCAACAACUUUGGAUGUAAAAUCUCCAUGCCCCGAACAGUUGGCAGACAACAAAAUAGAAACAACACACCAGCAGAUACGCCUGAAGUGUACUACCGGCGAUCUAUUUUCAUCCCUUGGAUUGAAUCUUUGAUAAGUUCUUUGGAAUCCCGAUUCAUGAAACAUAAAGACAUAUUGAAGGGGUUUGAGUGUCUGAUGCCUACAGCCGAUGGAUCACGUGGAAAGGAAGAAACCUCAAAACUUAAUUAUCUGCAGCUGUGUUGUUUUUAUAAAAAUGACAUAAUUGAAAGUGGUGGGAACAACGAAAGCCUGCUCAAAGCCGAGUUUGAGUUGUGGCACAACAGCUUUAAGACCCACACCAACACACCAAGAAAUGUAAUUGAUUUGUUGAACUUGUGUGAUAAGGACAUGUUUCCUAACAUCCACAUAUUGUUGAAAAUAUUGUGCACUAUCCCUGUAACUACGAGUACAGCAGAAAGGUCGUUCUCAACAUUACGUAGACUCAAGACCUAUCUAAGGAAUACCAUGGGUGCUAACAGACUGAGUGGACUGGCGGCUUUGAAUAUUCACCGUGAAAUAGAAGUGACCAAUACAGAGGUAGUUUCUGUUCUCAAAAAAUCGACCAGACGUCUAGAUUUUGUCUUGUAA